CCUUUGUGGGCCCCUGAGGCCGCCUGGCCAGGCUACAACCUUGCCCAUGGGCCUUGGUGCCCCGGCCAGAGGCACAGAUACCCUUCCGGGGGCACCCCAGGACAGACGGGAUGGAGGCAAAGGAAGGCCCAGCCCCAGUCCCGAGUCUUCUCUACCAAGGGCUAGAGCCACAGAUCACCUCAGUUUCCCCACCUGGGGUGCUCCCAGAUGCUGACAGCAGGGUUUGGGGACAUGGGACUGGGGUGGUGGCUGUGCCUGGGCUAACUCUGACCGUGUCUUGCUCGAUCCCCGCACGCGCCCCACCCUCGGCCUCGAGUGGCGACGGGCCGCUUUUCCAUUAACCUCGGACCCUUCUCCUUUGACCUCUGACCCGCGGUUUUGCCUCUUGUUCCAUGGCCUCCUUAGCCCAUGAAGUUCAUGAACCAGAGGAGAAACCAAGAAUCAAACUCACUGCUCCUAAGAUCCCAGAAGGGGAGAAAGUGGACUUCGAUGACAUCCAGAAGAAGCGUCAGAACAAAGACCUAAUGGAGCUCCAGGCCCUCAUCGACAGCCACUUUGAAGCCCGGAAGAAGGAGGAGGAGGAGCUGGUCGCUCUCAAGGAGAGAAUCGAGAAGCGUCGUGCAGAGAGAGCGGAGCAGCAGAGGAUUCGUGCAGAGAAGGAGAGGGAGCGCCAGAACAGACUGGCGGAGGAAAAGGCCAGAAGGGAGGAGGAGGAUGCCAAGAGGAGGGCAGAGGACGACCUGAAGAAGAAGAAAGCUCUGUCUUCCAUGGGAGCCAACUACAGCAGCUACCUGGCCAAGGCUGACCAGAAGAGAGGCAAGAAGCAGACGGCCCGCGAAAUGAAGAAGAAGAUUCUUGCUGAGAGACGCAAGCCGCUCAACAUCGACCACCUCAGUGAAGACAAACUGAGGGACAAAGCCAAGGAGCUCUGGGAGACCCUGCACCAGCUGGAGACCGACAAGUUCGAGUUUGGGGAGAAGUUGAAACGCCAGAAAUAUGAUGUGAGUCCCGGCACCUCUGGCCCUGGGGCCCUAACAGCUUUCACCCACCAGCCAGAGCAGCCACUCCCUGCGUCCCUAGCAAACUCUGGACCUGCCCAUCGCAGGGCCCUGGGCCCUGAGAGGCCCACACAGGCUGUCGCCACUGACCCCUGGCUGAGGCUGCUCUCCUACUGGGGACUGUGGCCAGAGCCCGUCCUCCUGGCUGACCACGCAGCACCCUGAGCGAUGAACCUGACCCCUGUGGGCGGCCCUGGUCACCCUUGCCAUGAGGACUGUCAUGGCAGAGCAGCCAUGGCCGAGUGGACUCGGGGUUCAUUUUCUGAACCCCUUUAAGCUUAGAGAAAGUCCCCAUCAUCACCGAGCUCAGCCCCGGGGCACCGAGGCCGUCCGGUGUGGGGCGUCCUUUCCACAGAGCCUCCUCCGCAAACCCAGGCUCUGGCUUCCACCAGGGCCCCAGACAUCUGCUUCCUCGGGGCAGGCAGAGAGGGUGACACGCUGCACCCCGCGGCUGGAAAAGGGGGCCUGAGACUGUGGCCCUCUGGGACGGAGCAGAACUCCCAUCCUAUGCAGGCAUUAUCGCUGCAGGCAAAGCUGGGGCUGGGGAAGGCAGCCGGCCUGGGUGACCUCAGGGGCUGGGGUGCAAUGUGGGAGCUAGGAUGGAGGCCGAGCUGCUUCCCACCCUCCCAAACACCCGUGUGGGCUCCAGGGGCGAGGGGCGCAGCCGUGGGUGACCUGUGUGCUUGGGGCGAAUGCAGACACUCCAGCAUCACCAUCAAGGACACGAUGUCCACCCUCCAGCACCGCCAGAGGCCCCAGCGGAGAGCAGCCUGCCCACGGGGCCUGUGCUCCACUCGGGUGCAGGGGGUGCGGGACGACCCGUCCAAGCCAGCCAGGCAAAUCCGAGCACCUUCUCAGGGGCUCUGGGCAUGCCCCCUGUUCCACCCGAGUUUCCACGAGCUCCCCUCUUGCAGAAGCAGGGCGAUUACACUCCCUCCCAGUACACCCCCUCCCAGAGCUGUCCCCAGGGGUCCAGGCAUGGGGGACAGCCCUGACUUCACCCUCGGGGCUCUCCCAGAGCGGCUGGCCCUGAGAUGGGCUUCACUGCACAGGACCCAGACUCUGUUCCCAGAGCUGAGUCAGGGACCCACUGGCUCUGGAUAGACGUGGCCACAGCGGGUCCCUAGGGACUGCAGAGCCUGGAGGGCCAUCACCAGGCCAAGCUAGCCCACAGCUUUGAGGCCUCAGCUGCCCAUCCAGCCUUGUAACCAUCUUGGUCUUUCUAGAUCAUGAAUGUCCGGGCCAGAGUGCAGAUGCUGGCCAAGUUGUAAGUAGCCGGGUCCACCCUGGGCCAGGCCCGUGGGUGUGCGCUGCACGGUGAGGUGAACCUCUCGCAUGGCAAAAACCUGGGUCGCUCAGGACGCUGGUGGCAGGGGGCCUGGAGCCUUCCUCCUGCCCCCGCUCUCCCCUUGUACCUGCAGCCGGGGGCUUCCCAGUGGCCGCUGCCCUGUUGGCAAGCGAGGAAGGGCCCCCACCUUCCCAGGCGCUCCGCCUCAAGCCAGCAGUGGCCACAGAGUGCCCCCGGGUGCAGGCAGGAGGGCAGGAACGGCUGGCCCAGGAGCUCAGAGCUCAGCAGUUGAAGGGAGCUGGAGCUGGGAAGGAGGGGUCCGCAGGCCUCACCUGCACCCUCCCCACCCCUCUAUCCAUGCUCCGUGCCCCCUGCCCCACAUCCUGCUGCAGGCUGAAGGUAAGUGGCCAGCUACGGGCUGCUGUGUGUGGCAGUCCAGGCCAGUACAGGUUGGCGAGAGUAAGUCUACGCGCGAGCCCGAGGGCCAAGGGACAGUGUCCCCCUGCACAAGGAGCCAGGAGACAGUAAGGGAGCCGAGGAGCCCUCGUGGGGGCCCAGCAGUCCUGGGUCGCCCAGCCCAGCCCACCCUGCGGUGGAGACGGGCCUUCACCCAGGACACGCAGGCCUGGCCCUUGGGUCGUCGCAGUGAGUCACUCAUGUUGUUCACAGAUCACCACGCUCAGAAGCCGCAUCGACCAGGCCCAGAAGCAGUGAGUAGCCCUGCUGUCCUCACUCCACGCUGGGCACAGGGGCCCUCCGGGCAGGCCGCUGUCACCAGUCCCUAACAAGGGCCGGUGGUGGCUGGCCUGGGCAGGCAGUAACGAGACUAACCUGGCCAGGCCACCCAGGCCAGCAUGCACAGGCCUGUGGCCAGGGACCCGGAGCCUCCUCUCUCUCCUGCACGCAGGGGAGCCCUGGGGGAUAGCAGAGUCAGGAGGAGGGAACCCAAUGGGGCUUGCUUGUCACGCCCUCGCCCCAAGUCUGGGACUGGCUGCAGGGAGAGGGCAGCCAGGGGACCCCUAGAAGGGGCUGCUUGGGUGGCCUUUGGUGUAGCCAACCUGGGCCCCGGGGUAUCUGCCAGUGUCCCACCCUCCAAGAGGACCUAGGCAGGGAAUUAAGCAGCCAGGUCUUCAUCACCAGCCCCUCUGUGACGCUGGGCAAAAUCACGGACUCCUCAGGAGGGUGACGCCUCGUCCGUCAAAUCGUGUCCCGGGGGGCUGUGGGAUCCCUUGGCACAGCUACUUGACCACGCGCACGGGGCUGCACCCAGGGUGCUCCCGGCAACGCCACACUGGGGAUCCUGUCACUGAGCCCAGCCGCGCAGCCAGUUCCAUUUCUCCAAGGACCGUGGUGUUUGGGGGCUACUUGGAGUUUCAUUGUUUUCUGGGAUUCUUCUCCCUCCUCCUGUAGCCCUGGCUUCCCUGUGGCGCGCAGGGCAGGCUCCUCCCUGGUGCACGCGACCUCACCGUCUCCCUGUUGUGCCAUCAGGGGUCGUUGCAGGCCCCUCUGAGGGCGGGCAGUCGGCGUGGUGUGCAUGUGCCUGCGUGUGUGCACGUGUGCAUGUGCUGAGGGUGCUCAGGAACGUGUGUGAGGGCACGGCCUUUGCCAGCCAGGCGUCCUGCUGAGCAGCUGCGUCUGAAAGGGGCUGGCCUCGCGGGCCAGAGCACUCCUGUCCUCCUCCUGCCUCCGUCCCUCACCCGAACCCAGCUCCUCCUGGCUCUCGGCCACGUGAAGGCCUCAGACAAACGGGGCAGGUUCCUGGGACCGCCACCCCUCAGAGGCCACCGUCUGGAGGGGCAAGGGCUCUUUCGAGGCCAAGUGAAAGGAUUAUCAUUAUCUGCCAAGACAGGCUUCCCAAGCUCGGGGUCUGUCUGCAGUGGUACCUCAGGCAAGGAAGGAAGGACAAAGGGAGGGUGCCCUGGGCUCACGUGCCAGCCCCCUAACCACACUAAUGACCUAGGCCCGCCAGGCACAGGUGAGUGGGCACUGCCUGGACUGAAGCUGGGUGUGUGCUGAGAGCUUGGGCCGGGCCUGUGCCCGGAGAGCAGCGUGGGGUCGGGCUGAGCGUCCACCCAGAGUGGAGGACCAGGAGGGGCACGGCCAGAGGUCCUGACCCUCAAGGAUCGCUUGCUUACCAUCUGCAGCAGCAAGAAGGCUGGGACCCCAGCCAAGGGCAAAGUCGGCGGGCGCUGGAAGUAGAGAGGACAGGAAGGCCCCUCGAGGCAGAGACCCUCCACCCUCGUGCACACCAGGGCCGCCCGUGGGACUCCACAUCCUCCAGCCCCCACAAUCCUGUCAGGGGCUCCCUGACAAUCCUGGGGGUGAAGAGGCCGUCCCAGGGCAUCGCCCGCAUCUCUGUCCUUGUCGCCUCUAUCCCCUGGGGCCUGUGAAUAAAGCCGCAGACCCCCCU